CAUAAUUAAAAAUUAAUUUUUUAAUUGCUAUUUGUCCCCGCAACCAAAUCUCCCUUCACAAACAGAAACAGCAACAUUCUCCGUCAUGCAACCAACAACAAGCCAAGCCGAUACCAAAGCCGAAGCCGAUCGUCUUCUCCGAAUGGCCGAGAACCUUCUAGAAGAAAAAGAUCUAAACGCAGCUCGUGAUUUCGCGCUCUUAGCUCAGGAAACGGAGCCGUUAAUCAACGGCUCCGAUCAAAUCAUCGCCAUCACCGACGUCUUAAUCGCCGCCGAUAAACACAUCAACCAUAACUGGUACUCCAUCCUCCAGAUCGACAUCAACCGUACGGACGAUUCAGAACUUAUCAAACAACAAUACCGCCGUUUAGCUCUCCUCCUUCAUCCAGAUAAUAACAAAUUUUCCUUAUCGGAAUCUGCCUUCAAACUCGUCGGUGACGCCUGGUCCGUUUUAUCAAAUCCGGUGAAGAAAACGUCGUACGAUAAUGAAUUGUUUGCGUUUUCGAAUGCAGAUCUGGACGACGUGAAGAAUUUUGAGGAGAAGAUGCCGGUCGUCGGCAAAAUGUCGUCGGUUUUAUCAGAUUCGGAGAUGAAAACGGCGCAUGAUAAGGAAUUGUUAGCUUUUUUGAACGUAGAUCUGGACGCCAUGAAGAAUCGGAGAGAAAAAGAGGUUCAAAAUCACCGGGAGAAUAUACCGGUCGCCGGUGACGCGUAUAUUUUAUCAGAUCCGGUGAGUAAAACGGCGUACGAUAAGGAAUUGUUCGAGGUUUUGAUCGAUUUGGACGCCGUGACGGAUCAGAGCGAUGAGAGGAAGAAGGAGGUUCAAAAUCACCGGGAGAAGAUGCCGGUAAGGCGAAACUUCGGUAACGGAGCGUCGGAGAAUAUAUGGACGCCGUGUCCGUACUGUUAUUAUCUAUACGAGUAUCCUAGGGUUUUAGAAGGAUAUUGUUUGAGGUGUCAGAAUUGUGAUCGGGCGUUUCAGGUUGUUGAGAUUCCGACGGAAGCUUUGCCGCCGAUGGUGCCGGGAACGGAAGCUUACCGCUUCUCGUGGCCGUAUUUUCCUAUCGGAUUUACAAUCGCCGGUGCUACGGAUCGGAUGCCGCAGGAGACAUCGUCGCCGUUGGGCGGUUCAUUGCCAAACUGCGUAACGUCGGAAUCACCGUCGUCACUGCAGUCGCCGGGAAAAACAGCCCCGAUAUCUAGAAAAAGAGGUAGGCCGGCGAAGAGUCCGGCUUCCUAAACAACAACAAUACGAGUAAAUUCCAUAAAUAGCAAAACUAUCAGGAGAUUUUACACAGCAUCAUGAAGUUUCACUCACAAUUUUGAUCA